AUGGAUGCCCUUGCUGCUCGAUUCUCACUAAAAGAUUUGGGUCCACUCAACUUCUUCCUUGGUGUUAAAGUACUUCCUUUGGCUGAUAACAUUAUUCUCUCUCAAUCAAAGUACAUACGUGAGAUUCUCAAAGACUUCGGUAUGGAUGAUAUCAAUGGAGUUUCCACGCUUCUCAGCACCCCCACACCACUACAACAUGAGGAUGGUUCCGCACUCACUGACACCAAACAAUAUCGAAGUGCCUUCGGCAAACUCCAAUACCUUGCCUUUACGCGGCCUAAUAUUAGUUUUGCCGUCAACAAGCUCUCGCAGUUUAUGCACAAGCCUAAAAUGAUACACCGGCAAGCUGUCAAGCAUCUUCUUCAUUACCUUAAGAAAACAAUCAACUAUGGUCUUCUCCUUCGUCGUCAAUGCGAAAAAGCUUUACACAUUUAUUCUAAUGCGGAUCGGGCAGGUGAUGUGAAUGAUCGAUAUUCUACCUCUGCUUAUGUUAUUUAUUUUGGCUUUAAUCCCAUCAAUUGGUCGUCUGAAAAACAAAGGACUGUAGCCAAAUCUUCCACUUAG